AUGCCCGGGCGUCAGGCGCACGGCCGGCCGCUCAUGGGCGGCGGCGGAGGCGGCGGCCAGGCGAAGAAGCGCCAGGCCCAGAAGGCCAGGUCCAAGUCCACCAAGCGGGCGGCCGACGCCUUCUCCAUUGCCAACAAGGAGCUGGGCGAGCAGACGAGGCGCACCCCGCGGAACCGCGAGCUGGACGCGGAUCUCGGCCCCGGCAAGCGCGCCCGCCAGGACAGCGACGACGAUGAGGAGGACGACGACGACGCCGACGACGCCCCGCCCCGGAAGAUGCGCCGCGGCCAGAACCAGGAGGACGACGUAGAGUACGGCAGUGACUCCAGCGGCAACGAGUGGCGCAUCGGCGUCGGCGAGGACGACGAGGACUCGGACAUCGAUUCCGACGAGGCCUUUGGCGAGAGCGACAACGAGAAGUUUGACGGCUACGCCUUCGGCGGCAGCAAGAAGAAGGCCCAGGAUGAAGAUUCCGACGACGAUGACGAGUCCCUCGGCUCGGACGCCAUCGAUCUGGCCGAUGCCCUUGACCAAUCCAUGUCCGACGAUGAUGACGGCGCCGAGGAGGAUGAAGACUCGGACGAAGAGGGUUCCGAUUCUGACGACGGCGAUUCGGACGAGAAUUCUGCCGAGAGCGAGGAUGACGACGUCUCUGAAUCGGGCGUCACCGACUGGGUCAAGAAGUUCUCCGGCGUUGGAGAUGAGGACGAGGAGGAACAGGCAGCCCCGCAGAAGUCAAAGAUUGAUCUCAAGGACCUCGGUCUCCUGGGCGUCUCAGACUCGCAGCUCAAGAAAUCCCUCAAGAUGAUGUCCAAGGAGGAAAAGUCCUCGAAACCGGCGAAACUGGAGGUGCCUCUCGCCAGGCGGCAGCAAGCUCAGCUCGAUCGGGCUGCGGCGUACGAGCAGACAAACAAGACUCUCGACAGGUGGACAGAGACUGUUAAGCAGAACCGUAGGGCUGAUCACCUCAUGUUCCCUCUACCCCAGACCGAGACUGGUCUCGCACGCCACGACAACACGGAGAUCGCGCCCCUUAACCCCAAGGCCAGUUCGAACGAGCUCGAGCGAACCAUCCUUGGCAUCAUGGAAGAAAGCGGACUCGGGCCCAAGGCUGCGCAGGAUGGUGGGGAUCAGGUCGAUGAGGAUGGCCAGACGCUGUCCAGGAAGGACAUCCAGGACCUCUGGCAGGCGAAGAGGAGGGAGCGGGAACUCAAGUCAAGGGAAGAAGCCAGGGCGAAGCGCAUCAAGAAAAUCAAGAGCAAGGCCUACCACCGCGUUCACCGCAAGGAGCGGGAGAGGAACGAGAUCAAGGAGCACGAGGCCGCCGUGGAAGCUGGUGAGGUCGACUCCGAGGACGAAAGAGAGGCCAGAGAUCGCCAGAGGGCGAACGAGAGGAUGGGAGCCAGGCAUAAGGAAUCGAAGUGGGCCAAGAUGGCCAAGAAGGGCGGGCUGGCCGUCUGGGACGACUCCGUGCGAGCAGGUAUGGCUGAUAUGGCCCGCCGCGACGAGGAGCUCCGGAGGCGUGUUGAAGGCCAGGGCCAGGGCAGCGACGACGACUCGGACUACUCAGCCGACUCAGAGGAUGUCGAUGACAGGAAACGCCUGCUGAACGAACUUCGCGAUGUUCAGAACGCUGAUGACGAGCCCCACAAGUCCAAGCUCAUGAACAUGUCCUUCAUGCAAAGAAGCGAGGCGGCAAAACGCAAAGAGAACGACGACCUCAUCAACCAGAUCCGCCGCGAACUCGCAUCCGAUGACGAAGGCUUCGAUGACGAGCCCGAGGCCGAGGAGGUUGGCCGCAGGACUUUCGGUCAACCAGGUGCUAAGAAGGAGCCUGCGCCGUCCAAGUCUAAGAAGGAUAAGGCCAAGGCAGAGCCCACUCAAGAUGCUGCAGGGGCCGAUGAUACUCCCACCACGUCUGGCUCGCGGAAUGCUCCGAUCCCUACGCCUCGAGAAGUUGCUGUCAGCGAGACCGGAGGAGCCUGGUCAGCAGCUGCGCCCUCUAAGCCGGCCCGGAAGCAAAAGGGCAAGAGGGAAGACAAGGGCAGCAAUGUGUUGGACCUUGACUCGAGCGUUGCCAUUGUCAAGGCGCCCGCAUCGAAGCCAAAGGUAGCACCAAGCAAACAGCAUGCUACCGCCGUCGCCGGCGACUCAUCAGACGACGAUGAUAGCCACCUCAUACAGUUCCGGGAACAAGACCUGCUCGAUAAAGCCUUUGGCGGCUUGGACGUCGUGGCCGAUUUCGAGGCCGAGAAGCGAGCUGCUGAGUCCGAGGACGACGAGAAGGUCAUCGAUAACACCCUGCCCGGCUGGGGAUCGUGGGUCGGUGAUGGCGUGUCGGCUCGUGACAAGAAGCGGCAUGCGGGCCGAUUCCUGACCAAGGUCGACGGUAUCAAGAAGGACAAGCGGAAGGACGCCAAGAUGAAGAAUGUCAUUAUGAACGAGAGACGGAUCAAGAAGAACUCCAAGUACCUGGCCUCCCAGAUGCCGCAUCCCUUCGAGUCCGUGGCCCAGUACGAGCGCUCCCUCCGCGUCCCCGUCGGCCCGGAAUGGGUCACCAAGAAGACGCACCAGGACGCCACCAAGCCGAGGGUCAUUGUCAAGCAGGGCAUUAUUGCACCCAUGGCGAAGCCUAUGCAAUAG